CAGUCGUGACGUCUAACUCUUUGUAAGAGGGCAGUGGCACAAUCCUCCCCUCCUAAGGUACUGCUCGCUCUCAUCUCUUCUACCAUCGACAACGACAACAACAACGUCGCCAACACAUCUUGGCCAUCAUGGCGUCCUUCAUCGCAAGGCGACCCUUCGCCCUCGCCUCCGCUCUCACCAAAGAGAUGCCCUCGACCGCCCGACUCGCCCUGCGAUCCUUCCAAACCACGACCAAGCAGCCACAACUUCACCAACCCAUCACGCGAAUCAGCUCUGCAUCGACAGCCAAGCAGUUCACGCCACUCCAACAGAGCGUCAUUCGCUCCGCCUUCCAAUCCUCUUCUCGCCGCGCCUACCAGACUUCCGCGCCCGCCAAUCCUAUCGCACAAGGCAACCUGACCCAACGCCUCGUCUAUGGCGGCGCCAUCUUCGGUGGUACACUCCUUGCAAUCAACCUGGUCUUCAACCGCGAGACUCGUGAAGAUGGCGGCAUGCCUCCCUACGAACGCGCCUAUCUCAAUGAGACGUUUCUGCACACUGGACUGGGCAUCGGCAUCAUUGGUGUGGCCGCACGCGCAUUGCAUAUGAAUGGCUGGUCUUAUCGUCUCAUGUCCGCAAAUCCAUGGCUUGUACUCGGAGUGGGCCUGGUGGGCUCCAUCGGAACCAUGAUGGGAUGCUACGCAACCUCCCCAGACAACUAUGUCGUCAAGUACGCUCUGUGGGGAGGUUUCAACCUCACGCAAGCUGCCCUCCUCUCGCCGAUGCUCUUUUUCGCCCCUGGUAUCCUAGCUCGCGCCGGCCUCUAUACCGUUGGAAUGAUGGGUUCCAUUGCCUUUGUCGGCGCCACGGCGAAGCAAGAGAAGUACCUGUAUAUCGGUGGUCCCCUCCUUGCUGGCGUAGCGAUUGUGGCACUUUCUGGCUUGGCGCCUCUGGUGCUGCCCGCUACUGCCACGAGAGCGCUGAUGUGGACUGAGAACCUGUGGUUGUAUGGAGGACUUGCAGUGUUUGGCGGGUUCACGCUUUACGACACGCAAAAGAUUCUGGCGCAUGCGAGAAUGGCGGAGCAGGGAAGAUUCCGGAAGGAUGCUGUCAACGAAUCCAUUGCGUUGGAGCUUGAUUUCAUCAACAUUUUCGUGAGGAUGGUACAGAUACUGGCCAUGCAGCAGGGAAGGAGAAAGUAGAAGAGAAGAGGAACAGAAUGUGAUAUUAGCGGCAUGGAUAUGAAGUGGCGUUUGGGAACCCUCUGUUACGAAGAAAAAUAUCUGGCCUGAAGACGGCCAUUGUACUUUCCCUGUGUAGUAUUGACCCGCCAUUUAGGAUGUGUAUGCCAACGCAGUACUCAACUCAUGGCGAUGCUCUUGUCGACAUGCUGCGCUAGCCAGUAUUCCUCUCGACUAAUGGACGCAGCAUGGCUUGCAUGUUGUGCUACGCAGAUAAUCCCCACACCCUUUGGAUACACAAUAUCAUGCAAGAAAGUGGAAGACUAAUGGGUGUCUGCAUAGGUCUCAGGACUGCCCAGACUCCGCGCGCAGCUUCCGGCUGUUGGGGAUGUAUGAAGAAUGGCAAGCUAAUGGAAGACCGCAUGGGUCUCAGAUGACCAGCCAUGAUUUCUCAUAUGGGCUGCAGCAUGUCGUGGCUAACAGAUUUUGGGUUGAUUCAAGCCAAGGGCCAGUCGUGGGCAAGGCGCCUAACGUCUUCAUCCAACGGCCUCUGCUGGCUGUGUGUAUGGUAUGGCAAGCUAAUGGAUGUCUGCAUAGGUCUCAGAGCGUUCCAAAUAGUAUUUGAGCGCUUGUGUGUGAGUGUGUGUGUGAGUACCUGUAGGUGAAUAUCGGUGAGCAGGGAAAGUAAGGAAGUGAGACUAGGUAGAGGUCCGAAUCAUGGUUAUUAUUAAGGUACCACAGUGGUACCUUAAACUUGUGACGAUUCUUACCGCCAUGGGAGGUACGAUGUAUAUUCUUACUCCAGAAAGCAAAAGCCCUUCCGAUGUGGUCUGGUAAUUGGUACGGAGUAUAACAUCUAUCUGUAGAAAUGGAAACUCGAAAUUGGUGCCUGCAGUAUUGCGAGUUCGUAGCCUACCAUAUAGCUACACCAAUCCAUU